GCCAAGAGCAAAACCACCGUCUUGUUUAUUGACUCCACUUUGAACGGUACAGAAACAGCGCGACAACAAUGAGAGAAUGUAUCAGCGUUCACAUAGGACAAGCAGGCGUCCAAAUAGGUAACGCCUGUUGGGAGCUCUAUUGCCUUGAACAUGGAAUCCAACAAAAUGGUCAAGUAUCAUUUGAAUCUUCUGGUGUUAAUGAUUCGUCUAGCACGUUCUUUCAUGAGAUAGGCUCUGGGAAACGUGUCCCCAGAGCCAUAUUCGUCGAUUUGGAGCCCUCAGUUAUCGAUGAAAUACGCGUUGGAAAAUACAGCCAGUUAUUUCACCCGAACCAACUCAUCAGUGGUAAAGAGGAUGCAGCCAACAAUUACGCCAGGGGCCACUAUACCGUUGGCAAGGAAAUCAUUGAUUCGGUCUGUGACCAAAUUCAUAAAGUAACUGAACAAUGCUCUGGCCUCCAGGGCUUCUUGAUUUUUCAUAGUUUCGGUGGCGGCACCGGUUCUGGUUUUACGUCUCUGCUAAUGGAGCGCCUGAGUGUUGACUUUGGUAAAAAGACAAAGCUUCAAUUUUCAGUCUAUCCGGCACCACGAAUUUCUACAGCUGUAGUAGAACCGUACAAUUCCGUCUUAACCACUCAUACCACUCUAGAUCAUUGUGACUGCGCUUUCAUGGUCGACAAUGAAGCAAUUUAUGAUAUCUGUAAAAGGCAUUUAGAUGUUGGGUAUCCAAGAUACAUCAACCUUAAUCGUCCAAUUGCUCAGGUAGUGAGCUCUAUUACUGCUUCUCUAAGGUUUGAUGGGUCCCUUAAUGUUGAUUUAACCGAGUUUCAAACCAACCUUGUACCUUAUCCACGUAUUCAUUUCCCAUUGAUUUCGUAUGCACCAAUAAUAUCGGUUGAGAAAGCGUACCACGAGCAGUUAAAUGUUUCUGAAAUAACAAACGCGUGCUUUGAAACCGGUAAUCAGAUGGUUAAAUGUGACCCUCACCGUGGGAAGUACAUGGCUUGUUGUAUGUUGUACCGAGGCGAUGUGGUCUCGAAAGAUGUUAACGUUGCUAUUGCAGCAAUUAAAAAUAAAAAAUCCAUCAAGUUUGUGGAUUGGUGCCCAACAGGGUUUAAAGUUGGUAUCAAUUCCCAAUCCCCAACCGUUGUCCCUGGAGGAGAUAUGGCCAAGGUCCAACGGGCCGUGUGCUCGCUGAGCAAUACGACAGCUAUUGCUGACGCUUGGGCCCGUCUGAAUCGUAAAUUUGACUUAAUGUAUGCCAAGCGAGCUUUUGUUCAUUGGUAUGUUGGUGAAGGUAUGGAGGAAGGUGAGUUUUCGGAAGCGCGCGAAGAUUUGGCUGCGUUGGAGAAAGAUUAUGAAGAAGUUGGUAUUGAUUCAGCUGAAACGGAAGAUGAGAUAGAAGAAUAUUAAAUAUUAUAUAUAAACUUUAUUAUAAAUCGAUUGAGAGGUAUAUUAUACACAUGUGAAUAUAUUGCUUCGCUAUUAAACUAAAGAAUCAUUUUGAGAUAUUAAAAUCUCAUUGUCUUGUUUUAUGUUGCAUAUUCAAAAUAAAGAUUUUUUUUUUUAAUAUUGCAGCAUGGAAGGUGUUUAUAAACCAUUAAAAAAAAUUAAAACACACAAAUACCGUUAUAUUCAAUUCAACUUUCAAAUUUAAUUUGUCAAAAUAAUUUCGUCGCUUUGACAUCGCGACCUGUUCACCGACAAAAUUUCCUACAGCAUCUGAGAAAGUAACAGUUUAUAAAAUGUGGAUGUAUUUUUUUGCAAUUUCUUUGAAGCAUUAACAAAACAUUAGUCAUAUUUUUUUUUCCUUCCUCGUCUAAUUAAUGAAACGCUUUGUAUCUGAAGCAGUCGCAUGCCCUAUGGAUAAAGUUUAGAUGUAGGGGACAUUUUGUGUCAGCAGAUGCUAAUUAUAUUUGGUACAACACCACCAGGUCUGAGGAAGGGGUACAUCGAUUAAAUAGACUUCAGGAUCCCAACAACUACUGAUAUUAUCAAUUGUGAACGGCGAUUUCGUCCCCAAGAGAUUUUGAACUCGGAACGUAAAGGACGAAAUGCCGGAUACCGAUUCUGGCGCAUUGCUGCCUUUUAAUGCCAACGACAAUACCCCUACGAUUAUGCAUUUUCCUAAUACCAAAAGUUACGAAGUCUGUCGAAAGCGGCUGUCGAAACGUCCGGUGAUCCUUUGUUAGAUUAAUGUUUGGUGAAGCUGUAUACUUUGCAUUUCAUGUUUACUAACCAGCAAACUCUUUCGAAAAUAAUCAACCAUUUCUCGUUACAUACAAGAAAAAUUUUUUUAAUUAGAACGAAAAUAGGUUAGUUUUGUUAUCAAUAAAGUUAGACGUAGUUUUAAGGGUAUUAAUGAUAGACAUGGCUGUAUUUUUACAAAACAGAAAAGCUACCGAAUCUAAUUACAGAACGUUAUUACUCACGAAUACAAGAGAAAGCACAAAAUUGUCUAAGGAUGUUCUUGAUGCAAUGGAUAAUAGUGGUGCUGAUUCUUCUUUUUACAGUUCUCAGAUUGCAUGAUACGUAUAUUAAAAAAGGAGGGAGAGUUAAAAAAAUACGAAAAGACUGAACUUUAUCAUGACGUGCACUGGUUUCGAUUGUUUAAAACGACUGGUUAAUGCUGGAAUAAAAUGGAAAAAUUGAAAUAAAACUUUUA